AGAACACCAUCAAAGACACCAAAGACACUAAAUACGCUGAAUAGCCGCCACACUACUACUCACCAAUCUUGUGCACUAUCAGAGCAACUCAACAUCGCCAGUUUGAAAAUGCCUUCCUACUUGAUCACCGGCACGUCUGGAAGCAUUGGCUUCGAACUGCUCCGCCAGGCCUCCAGCAACCCGGAUAAUGUCGUCGUCGGCCUGGUCCGCAGCAAGGCCAAGAUGGAGGAGAGGCUCGCCAAGGAGCUUCCCAACCAGAAGAACGUCCAUAUUUUCGAGGCCGACCUGGCUGACUAUAAGUCGCUCGCAGCAACUGUUGAGCCAGUCUCCAAAGUCCUGGGUGGCUCCCUGGACUACUUGAUUGCCAACGCUGCGUACAUGGGACAGUGGGCUGCAGUCAAGCCCUUUGAGGAGCAAGCCAAAGAUCCCGAGACCCUAAUUGCAGAGUAUAACAAGGACUUCAACAUUAACGUGCUUGGCAACAUUCACCUCUUCAAUCUGUAUCUGCCCCUCAUCCGCGCAGGUAACACAAAGAAGGUCAUCGCCAUCUCGUCGGGCCACGCAGACUUUGAUCUCGUGACCAAGUUCCACAUCCACGAGACCGCUCCUUACACCAUUGCCAAGACGGCACUGAACAUGGUGAUCGCCAAGUAUCAUGCGGCUUAUGCCGACGAGGGCAUCCUGUUCAUGAGUCUCUGCCCGGGCUUGGUGGAGAAUGAUAACUCCCGCGCUCCUCCGAGUGAGGACAUGGCCAAGUACGGUCCGGCCCUGUUUGCCAAGUUCGCCGCGUUUGCGCCACACCUCUCGGGUGCUACUACCCCCGAUGGUCCGGCGGCGGACAUUCUUCGCAUUUCGGCCGACGCCUCUAUCGAGAAGGGCUGGGGUGGAUCGUUCACCUCGCACAACGGCGGCAAGCAGUGGCUGUGAGCGGCGGGCAGGGUGUUGGGGCAUCUGGGGCUGGGAGAUCGGACUAUAUGAGG